UUAUAGUAGACAUGCUGUCCUUGCGGUACUGCUGAAGAGCUCGUGGGAAAAGAUCGAGAUCUGCACGGGCCACUUUCAGUUUCACAAUAGAAACUUUCAAAAGUCGGAAAGGCAGUCGUUGAACUAAGAAGAAAGUCAGUGCAUUUGACAUUUGAAGAGAAGAUAAGCUGCACAUUUGUAUGUGUGUUAGCCUACACAGGGUGAAGUCACAAAGACCAGUUGAUACAGAUAACAAAGAUGGAAGAUCUGCUGGACACUUUUGUGGGGACUUUAGAGAAUGGUGGGAAAGAGGAGCUUUGGAGUCUGUUAAAUUGUUCACUGGAACUUCUCCCAUUCUUAUUGGAAUGUUCUAGUCAACAGGAAGUGUACCUUGUACAUAGAGUGUGUUGCCAUGACUACGCUGAUGUUGUCUACCUGUUGAUUCACAAUGGUGGAGACCUUAAUGAGCUGGACUCAGAGGAGUUAACUCCCCUGCAGGUAGCCUGUAAAUAUGGCGCCAAGUCUGUUGUUUGCCUCCUCCUGCACAUAGAAGGCUGUGACCUUGACCGUUACACAUUCAGCAGUCCCACUUCUCCUCUCUACCUGGCGACUAUCAAUGGUCACAUCAGUGUAGUCGAAGAACUCGUUAACUUUGUAGAAGCGGAAUGCAAGAGCAUCAAAGAGAAGAUAUAUGAGGGAGAAGUGCUGAGUUUGUUGUUCUACGCUGCCUGCCUUAGUGGCACGUUGGAGAUGGUGGAGUUUUGGUUCAGGUUUAAACCAGAUGUGAACUCACCAGUGCAGAUGGUAACACAACUGACAAACUGUGAAAACCUCACCCCAUUGCAAGCAGCCUGUGAAGCAGACUGUAUGGAAAUCAUCAUGUUUCUACUAGAAAAAGGAGCCAGAAUUCAGGCGGCAAUUGUUGACAAUUACCCAGAUACUGUGCUCGCAGGUCUUAAGGAUGGGAUCAUAACUGAUCAAGUUUUGUACAGGAAAGGUGGCCAGGAUGGGCGGUUUGGAGCAUCUGAGAUUAAGGUUAUGCUGAGCUUGGAGAGACGUUUACUGUACAAACUUCACCCAGCCUGGUUUGAACCACAUGUGCAUUGUUUAGCCAGAGUAGAUGUCUCACACAAUUGUCUGAAAGUUCUACCCAGUUGUCUCCCUUGGCAACUCCCUAAACUGGAGUACUUAAAUGUGUCAAACAACAAUCUUCAUGAAUUCCCAGCCGCUCCCAAAAAUAGCAAUCUGGACAGUUUAGGGAUUUCAGAAAUGAAUUUAUCAAAGAACAAACUCCUGCAGCUUCCACAGGAUAUAUUUAAACUACCGUCCUUAAAAAAACUAGAUGUGCAUCACAAUUUUAUCCAGUUUCUGUAUAGAAGCACAAACACAGACUACGAGCUGAUGUCACCCAGUGAGAGACACAAACAUUUCAAGGCCAAGCAGACAGAGUCAGGAAAUCCUGCAACACAGAUUUGCAGGAGCUGGAAGUGUUCAAACUUGAGUGUCUUGAAUGUCUCGCACAAUGACCUUGAGCUAUUGUCAGAUGACCUUCUCGCUGCGUGUACUAGCUUGACGAAGCUUAUUGCCAACAACAACAAACUCCACAAGUUUCCCAGCCCCUGGGCAUGUGAACUGACAUUCUUGGAUUUGUGUCACAAUGGAGUGUUCACCGUGCCCACCAGUGUAGCGCAAUUCUGGAGCACAUCGCUCAGAACUCUUCUAUUGUCUCACAAUUCUCUGACUGAACUACCAGAAAGCAUUGUGGCAUUGAAUGUGCUGGAAGCUUUGGAUCUAUCCCACAAUGCGAUCAGUCAUCUUGCCUCACCAUCUGUGUGGGCAUGUGACUAUCUACAGGAGUUGAACUUAGGUUAUAACUGUCUUUCCAAUAGUCCACAGGAAUCUCCACAGAGCCCAAGGUCACCCAAAGUUCUCUCAUUUUUGAGGAAUCCACAGUUUGACAGGAACCAAGUACUUGAUGAGAAAUCCCCAACCCUGGAAUUCCCUUCUAUUCUGAAGGAUCACCUUUGUUAUCUGUACCUAAACAACAACAACCUGCGGAGUGUACCCACGUCUGUGUUUGAACUGAAGAAACUCAAAAUUUUGAAUUUAAAAUGCAACCCAAAUUUGACAUCUGUACCCAAUGAGCUGGCCAAGCUGAAGGACUGUGACAUGUUAGAUUUGGAAGGCUGUUCCAUACCUGCAUCUGUGAUUCCACCUAAACUUAUCGCAGAAGCCUCGUACAAAGCAGGAGGCCUGCUGGCCUUCCUUAGGCUGAAGCUACGAGAAUGUGAUAAGUGCAACAGACUCAAAUUGAUGGUCUUAGGCAAAGAGAGACGCGGGAAGACCGCCCUAGUGAACGCGUUGAUGGGAACUCACGAUAGUUCAGGAAAAAAUCCCAACCAGAUUGUGAUUCGUGAGUGGAAGUUAGCCCACAGCAGCUCUUGGUGGAGGAGGAGAGAUAUGCCUGUGGUGACAUUUUCUGUGUGGGAUUUCCCUGGGGCUUCUCAACUGUCUGACAUACACCAGUGUUUCUUCACGGAGAACACGCUCUACCUGCUGGUGUGGGAUGCCCAGGACGGCAUCGAGGGGGUAAAGGAUCUGGACAAAUGGUUCAGGAACAUACAGUCUCACGCGGCGAGUUGCACCGUCCUCAUUGUAGCCACUCAUCUAGAUCAUUUACACGAGGAAGACAAUCAGCUGGCUACUUACAUAGGGGAAAUGACUGAGGCUAUCCGUGGCCGAUACGGCAGGAGGCGUUGUCCCCGCCUGGGCCCCAUUCACUAUGUGUGCUGUUUGCCUGGGGUACCUGUAGGGAUUACAGAACUACAGGAGGCAAUUUAUGCCACUGCCUUGAGCUUGAAAAAUCAAGAUUCGAGAGGUUUUGUUACAGAAGACUUGAUUGGGCGACAGAUGCCAAAAAGUUAUCAGUGUCUCCAGCAACUGCUUCAGAAAGAGGCUAAAAGACGCCAUGAGACAAUGGAACCACCAGUUCUUGUUCAGAAUGAAUUUGAUGAUAUCAUCAAACAGAUUCCUAACCAUGAUCUUGACACAGAUGAAGAAAUGACCUUAGCUGUUAGAUUUCUCCAUGAGCUGGGUGAUCUGCUUCACUUCAAUGAUCAGCUGAAAGGACUGAACAGCUUGUACUUUCUGGACCCAGUCUGGUUAUGUAACCUUCUCUCACAAGUUGUUGUAAGUGAGAAAGCCCAGAAGUACAUCCAUAAUGGCAUAAUACAGAGAGAGGACAUGAAGUAUUUGUUUGAUGAAAGCCGAUUUCCUCACGUUCACAUGGACAAGUACAUCCAACUGCUGGAGCGCUUUGAAAUUACACUCAUGUUGGAUGAAGAAAAACUUCUUAUACCAAGUAAAGUGUCCCAGGAGAAAUUUGGCAGUGUACAACUCUCCCAUAAUCUCGGUGAAAAAAUCUACCGUUUUUACAAAAUGGAGUUCAUUCCAUCAGGAUUCAUGAGUCGACUGAUUUCCAAAGUCCUGGGUAGCAUUCCACGAUUCACUGGCCCUACAUGGAGAGUGACGCAAGAGUCAGGCUCAAGGGUCAAAAACUUGGCAUCGAUGAAUAGAGGGUCGUUUCAACAGAGCUUUUGCAAGAGAAGUGGGAAAGGCUUUCGCCUGAAACAUGUAGAACCAAUCUAUUGGCAAGAGGGCAUAAAGGUGUCUCAUGAAGGAGGGCAGUUCAUGGUGGAAGCCAUCAAGUGGAGCAGCCAAGACCCAGAUCAGAGCAGCCAAUCAAACACAGGCAUUCUUAUCACCGUGCUGUCUGCCAUCGGGGACUUUUCAGCUUUAGGAUUUCUGGUGGAUGAAAUUGAUAACCUCAUAGAAGAUUGGUACAGAGGGUUAGAGGAAGGCAUACAGUUUGCUCUCUGUCCAGACUGUUGUGGUGACAUCUUCGACCUGGCGCAGGUCAAUCAUUUUUCAGUGGUGACCUGCGCAGGGGUUUGCCGAACCAACGACAGCAUAACCUGCCCUAUCACUCACAAUAAGAUUCCGCUGAAGAAACUAGUUCCAGAACUGAUCCUAGCAGAUUUGCCCAGAAGGUUUCUAAUCGAUGGGAAAGAUCUUGAGAUAACAGUUGGGAAGGACAGUCUUCUGGGAGAAGGCUCAUUUGGAUGUGUUUACUCAGGAAGCUAUAGGGAGGACACUGUAGCUGUGAAAGUGUUCCCCGUAAGUCUGUUUGAGCUAAUCAGAGCCCCAUCUGAUGCUGGACCCGAUGUGGCCAGAGAAACAUCCGGCACUUGGCAUGGAGAAAACUGUGACAAGAUGGACGAAGGUUUAGCUGGAGGAACCAAUGACAGUGGGGCAGAAAGUAUCAUGUCAUCAUUAGGCUCUUCCUCCCAGGUGUCCAACCAGUCAUAUCUCUCCCAUGGUUCCUCAAACACGACAGAUUUACUGGAAUCAAAAGGACUGAAGGUGUAUUAUUCUCUGAGUGAAAUGAGAAAGGAGGUGGCCAUGCUGAGUAAGCUGAUUCACCCCUGUGUUUUGUCCCUGGUGGGCAUCUGCCUGUUCCCCACCUGCCUUGUUCUAGAGAGGGCACCCCUGGGCAACCUUAGGGAAGCCAUCACAGAGCACAUGGACCCAUACCUUCAUGACAAUGUCAUCUCCAAGAUCAAAAAUAAAGUCUUCCCUUCUGUAUUCUCCAGAAAACUGACCUACAAAAUUAUUUUCCAGAUUACCAAAGCCCUGAACUACCUUCACUCACUAGAUGUCAUCUAUCGGGAUCUGAAGCCGGCAAACGUUCUUGUGUGGUCCAUGGACACUGCUGACACUGUCAACAUUAAACUGUCUGACUAUAGCAUCUCUCAGUUCAGCACCCCCCAGGGGCUUGCCGGUUUCUGUGGCACACCCGGUUACCAGGCCCCAGAAGUCUGUUUUGGUGUGGCUUAUGAUGACAAGGUGGACAUCUUCUCCUUUGGGAUUGUGGUGUAUGAGAUUUUGACAGGUGUUAUACCCUAUCGGAAUGAGCCCGCUAGAUGCGUUACUAAAGCUGUGCGAGAUGGGGUGAGGCCACGUUUGCAGGCCAAGGACUACAGUUUCGAUACAAGAAUGCCAUUUUUUGAGGCUCUUAUGGAGAAGUGCUGGCAGCAGGACCCCAUGUCUCGACCUAACACAACAGCCAUCCUCACUCAGAUGAAAGAUUCUGCAUUUCUCUGUCUGGAAAAAGAAAUCCACAAAUCAACCGACCAGAAGCAUGGGAGUUUAGACUGCAUUUUCCUCUACUGCUCAGAGGUGAAGAACUGUGACUUGGCAUGGCUGUGGGAGGGUUGGGGGACGUGCAGAAAAUAUCAUAUUGUGGACGUCAGCCAUGGUCAGUAUGUGGUGCCGAGUGAACCAGCAGCAGGGCCUCAAGUCACUUGUGCCACCAAGGUCAACGAUUACAUAUGGGUUGGUAACAAGUCAUCUCAGAUAGAGGUAUUUGGACAGAAAGGCGCUGGUGUUCCCACCUGCCUGGGAAAAAUUGACACACCUGCCUCUCCCACCUGUUUGCUGUAUCAUAGAGUGGCUGACCCAGAUCAUAAACUACCCUGUCAGACUCCAAGACCCUUACAGGCCUACGUGGAUUAUGUGUACUGUGGUUUGGAAGAUGCCAGACUGGUGGUGUUCUCUUCAUAUGAACAGAAUCCUUUGCUGCGUCAAAAAGUCUCAAAGGAGCUUCGCUGGAGCCCCAUUAAAACUCUAAGAUUUGCCCAUGACAAGCCUGUCACUAAAGCAAUACAGUUGAAUAAUGACACCGAGUUGUGGUUGGCAUGUGGGAGUGCUGUCGUUGUUGUUGGUCUUAGCACUCUCUUGGUAGAACACACUAUUUCUGCAGUUUUACCGGAAACAGAAUGGGACACCACAGUCACUAUUGCAGACAUGGCCUUUUCUGGUAAUAGAGUGUGGUGCUGUUGUCAAAACAGUUGCAAAGUGUUGGAAAUAGAUCCCAUCCAAAAGUUACCUUUGUUUGUGUUUUCCUGCAAGGAUGCAGCAGUUUAUGACAAUAUUUCAUCUCCCAUCUCCAGCAUUAAAUCUCCAAAGGAUGAUGUAGAAAGCAAGGAACAAUCAGCUGAUGGUAUAUGCCAGUCUGUCCCAAGUUCCUCUGCUGGAGGAGACACUUCACAAUUUAAAAAUCCUGAACCCAGUGACUCGGCACUUUCCAAGACUGAGGAUUCAUCCCCUCCUCCAGUCUUACCCAGAAAACCAGCACUACCACCAAGACAUUUGACAAUGAUAGAUUCACAAGGGAUCCAAAGAAAGGUCAUAAAAACGAGGCCAACAAGCUUUGCUGCCUCCAUGGUGACACCGCCAUCGGAUGAAAUGGUAGCUGCAGACGCUCCUGAUAUUCCACCACGAGUGCCGUCCAGAAGCAGUAAACCAGUUCUGCUUCGAGGUCCAAACAAGAAAAGCUUUACUUUGCCACGUACUGUGGAAAACAGUAGUGGUUCUGCACAUGGAAGCCUUUCUCGAAAAGUGUCCCGCAGCAUGGUAGAGAAAUCGUCUGAUAACUUUUCAAAAGAACCGCUGAGUAAUACUUGCUUGUUGGUGGUGAAGGAUACGCUGUGGAUCGGCCAGAACAAUGGUAAUAUUAUUGCUGUGUCAACGUACCCUGUGUCAGACCAUGGCAAAGUUAUGUUUCUCAUAAACCAUUCUUCAGAAACUGCAGAAAACAUUCCCAGAAGAAUGGUUACAAUGGAUCACACCAGUAAUAACUCUGUUUUAUCUACCCAUAAAUUGGCUGAUAAUAGAACGGGACUGCUUUUAUGGGAAGCCUGGGGUGCUGAAGAAGUGGAGGAAACAAGAGGUUAUGCAAUAAAACUACAUAAAUUGGAAAACGAACUUAGCAGAAUGUCAUCAAUAUGAAGAUCAUCUUCUGCUUUACAGUUGAAGAAUUACAGAUAAAACCACUGUCUUGACUAGCAUUAGAUGAAAAUUUCAGUAUAUUUUGACAUUGAGGAUGUUUUCGUAUCAUUAGCAUCUGUGCAGCUGUCAGUGGAUAAAUGAUGAAUGUAUAUAUAUAUUAUCGGACUUGUGAUUUUGUAACGGGAUUUUUUUUUUGUCUCUUUUUAACUUAUAUGCAUUUGGUUAUGUUAUCAGAUUAUCAGAUUUCCAUGUGGAAUGAGAACAUAAAUAACAUCACUUUAUACAUGUGGUGUAAAUGAAUGAUACGACUUGACAUUGACCUUUUUUUGCAUGCAUGUUGCAUUGCACCUGAUUUGCAAUAUUUCAUACCAUUAUCGUACACAGAUUUAGGAUAGUUCUUUACAUUUUAACAUCAGUCCUUGGCCAACUUCAUUCAUGUCUGAUCCUCCAAAUAAUGAAAGCAGAUUCAUGUUAAUGCAUGUUUGUAACAUUUGCUUUUUAUAUCCUCUCAUGAGUGACAAACUUACAAAAAAUAUAGGUUGGUGGACAGUGAAUGAACAGGAGUGUCUUUUCGACCCUCCACUCCCACCCCACACUGGCUUUGAUCGUGGGAAUUCUCCACUUGUUGACAUCAGACUUGGCGUAACUGGGACAUGUAUUUUUUCUAGUUAAUGUCUGAUAUGCCAGUCAUACAACACCAUUUGACUUAUUCACUACAUUGCGCAAAAAUGGGCAAGAAUAUGUCUCCAGUGCUUAUGAAGUGAAGGUUUCCUUGACAUAGACGU